AUGCAGCAGCAGCAACGCCUGCGGCGGCGCCAGCAGCAGCAACUGCCUGCCGAAGCAGCAGCAGCAGUAACAGCCACAGCGUCGACUGCAGCAGGAGCAGCAGCAACGCCAACUGGUGCAGCAGCAGCAGCAGCAACAGCAGCGCCAACAGGUGCAGCAGCAGCAGCAGCAACAGCAGCGCCAACAGGUGCAGCAGCAGCAGCAGCAGCAGCGGCGCCAACUGCAGCAGCAAGCUCGUGCUGCCACGUGGCUACUUGGGUCUUCAUCCCUGCGCUGGCAAAUGUGGAAUUUCGGAAAAUUGAAUUUUUAUUUUUUGUUUUAUUUGCAUUUAAUUUAAUUUUAAUAUAUUUAAGAAGUGCAAUUGAAGCAGCUUCCCGGGGCCAGCAGCAGCAAAUUCCAAAUAUCCUCUAG